ACAAGAAAACCAAGUUUGAAGUAGACACAGGUUGUGGGGUGACAGUAAUGAAUGAGGCGGAUUUCCAAAAGCUGUGGUCAGGGAAAAUCAGGCCAGAACUGGCAGAUGGUUCCAUUAAACUGAGGACGUAUACGGGACAGAAAGUGGAAAUAUUAGGAACUGUGACUGUCGCUGUGAAACACAAAAAAACAAGGAAAGACUUGCCGCUGGUGGUAGUGCCAGGCACUGCACCAAACCUGCUUGGGAGAGGCUGGAUUAAAGAACUGGGCUUAGAAUGGAGCUCAAUAAAUCACCUGACGGGCGCAAAAGCACAAACAUUGCAAGAUGUGCUAACACAAAAUGAGGAAGUGUUUAAGGAGGAAUUGGGUAAGCUGAGGGGGCCACCAGCAAAAUUCAAGGAAGCAGCACCCAGAUUUUUCAAACCAAGACCAGUGCCGUAUGCAAUGAGAGCAAAGGUUGAGGCUGAAUUGGAUCGAUUGCGGAGAGAGGAUGUUAUAGAGCCAGUCAAAUAUUCUGAAUGGGCUGCUCCUCUGGUUCCAGUUUUGAAACCUGACAAUACUGUGAGGCUGUGUGGGGAUUAUAAAUUGACUGUUAACAGAGUGUCAAAACUUGAGCAAUACCCGAUUCCCAGGAUAGAGGACUUGUUUGCAAACCUGUCAGGGGGAGAAAAAUUUAGCAAGGUAGACAUGAGCCAUGCUUAUCAUCAAAUUGCUUUAGAUGAGGAGUCAAAGAAGUUUGUGACGGUGAAUACUCACAAGGGGCUUUUCACUUAUAAAGUCUUACCUUUUGGAGUCUCUUCCAGCCCGGCUAUUUUUCAGCGCACGAUUGAGGGAGUCCUACAGGGGAUACCACACAUGGCGAUUUUCCUGGAUGACAUCCUGCUGACGGGCAGAAAUGACCGAGAGCACCUCCACACUUUGAAAGUAGUCUUGCAGAGACUACAGGAUGCAGGGCUACGACUCAAGAGGAGCAAGUGCACGUUCAUGGCAAGUGAAGUGGUUUUCCUGGGUCACAAAGUGGACUCCAUGGGCCUGCACCCAAUAUCAGACAAGGUACGAGCCAUUGAAAAUGCACCACCACCAUCAAAUGUGACAGAGUUAAAGGCCUAUUUGGGUCUUCUAAACUAUUACAAUAAGUUUCUGCCCAACCUAUCAACUGUUUUAGCUCCUGUGCACAAGCUACUGUGUAAAGACACUGAGUGGAGAUGGAGAGCAGAACAACAAGCUGCAUUUGAAGAGUCAAAGAGACUACUGCAGUCCGCUGAAGUCUUGGUCCAUUAUGACCCUACAAAGGAAAUAAUCCUUUCAUGUGACGCAUCUCCAUAUGGUGUAGGAGCGGUGCUAUCUCACAAAAUGCCUAAUGGGGCAGAGAGGCCUAUAGGAUUCAUGUCUCGCACACUGAGCAAAGCUGAGCGCAAUUACUCUCAGCUAGAUAAAGAGGGCUUAGCUGUAAUUUUCGGAGUUCAGAGGUUCCACAAAUACAUCUAUGGCCGUAGGUUUACAAUUUUGACUGACCAUAAACCGCUGCUGUCACUGUUCAAUGAAUUGAAAGCAGUUCCCCAGAUGGCUUCUCCACGCAUUCAGAGAUGGGCAGUGACGUUACGGGCAUACGAAUAUGAGAUCCAUUACAGACCAGGGAAGGAUCAUGGAAAUGCUGAUGCACUCAGCCGCCUGUCAUUACCCGAGGUGCAGAAAGCAGAAGGGCCAGAGGAGAGAGUGCUCAUGCUGGAGAAUUCGGACAUUACACUGGUGUCAGCUGACCAAGUGAGAUCAUGGACUAACAGAGAUGCAGUGCUGGCGAGAGUUAGAGAGAUGGUGCAGAAGGGGUGGCCACAAGAAAUGGAGGGAGAGGAGUUCAGGCCAUACAAUGUUAGAAAAAAUGAAUUAACCCUUAACGGGUGUGUGCUCUGGGGAGCACGAGUCAUUGUGCCUAAGUCAGGCCGAAGUGGCGUAUUGAAGCAGUUACAUCAAUGCCAUCCUGGGGUAUCUCGUAUGAAGGCGUUGGCGAGGAGUUAUGUGUGGUGGCCAAGGCUGGACCAAGAUGUGGAGAAUGUGGUGAAAACCUGCAGCACAUGCCAGGAGUACAGGCAUAACCCACCAGUAGCUCCACUUCACCCAUGGGACUGGCCGGCCCGGCCCUGGCAAAGGCUGCAUGUCGAUUACGCAGGACCUUUCAUGGGAAAAAUGUUUUUUGUGCUCAUUGAUGCCCACUCAAAGUGGAUGGAUGUAUAUCCGGUAGUUUCUUCCUCUUCAGCUACCACCAUUGAAUGUUUGCGAGUUAGUUUCAGUAACCACGGAUUACCAGAUCUAUUAGUGUCAGACAAUGGUACUUGUUUCAUGAGUGGGGAGUUCAAGGAGUUCCUGCAGAAAAAUGGCAUACGGCAUACAACAUCAGCACCCUACCAUCCCUCCAGCAAUGGUUUAGCUGACCGAGCCGUAACAUUUUUUAAGCGGAUGAUGAAGAAGUGUUCUGAGGGCUCUUUAAGAACAAAAGUGGCAAGAGCUUUAUUCGCAUAUAGGACAACACCACAGACCACUACAGGGUUGUCACCCGCAGAAAUGUUGAUGGGUCGAAAACUUCGCUGCAGUCUGGAUUUGAUACAUCCUGACCUGAAAAAGAGGGUGCAAGACAAACAAGGUAAACUGAAAGAAAACCAUGACAGGAGGGCAAGGGGCCGACAUUUUGGAGAAGAGGAUCCUGUCCUCACCAGGAAUUUUGGCCCGGGACCGAGAUGGAUUCCUGGACAUGUAGAGACAGCGACAGGGCCAGUCUCCUACAAGGUGAGGCUGGCGGACGGCCGAGUGGUCAGGAGGCAUGUAGACCAGAUCCAUUCAAGAGCGUGUUAUCCAGUGGAGAAUCCUGAGGUAGAAGUGGGGGGCUACACUUCACCUAGUUCCGAUGCAGCUCCGUCGUCGGGGCCUACUACACCAGAACUGGUAACCCCUUCUGAACAGGAGGACACAGAGACGGCGCCUGUUCCUGACAGGGACGAGAACCAAGGGACUUUGGGGGAAGGGGUACAGUGCUGUGGGGAGAAUACUGACCUGCGGUUGGGUGUUAAGUAA